CCUCAAUUUCGUUCCAAUUUCCAAAUGCAGAAAUACAAUCCAAAAAGCAGACAAGAAUUUCCAUAUAAAUCCAAAUCGAGGACUUGGAUUGGAUCCCUCGCUCCUUCCAACAGGUGGGAGGGAUAACGUGAAGGAAAUUCGAGGAAGGGGGUUGCCCCUUUUCUCAAUUCCCCUCCAUUAUCAUCCAUUCCAGUUCCUCUGCGCGGGAGUCGUUCAUCGUUUGCAGUAAUCCGUGUUUUUUGGUUUGUAAUUUUUUCGAAAAUGGAUUCUGCUUGUCAAGCACCUGUUCAGGCUACCCGGAACGCAGCGUGUGUGUCAAUGGUGGAUCCCUUCCUCGUCGAGGCUCUUCAAAACCCUCGCCAUCGUUUAACAAUUCUGCGAAUGGAGCUCGAUAUACAGAGGUUAUUGCGGAAUUCUGACCAACAGCAGUUUGAAUUCCCUCACUUCCCUACAUCGUACCUUCGCCUUGCUGCACACCGUGUAGCUCAACACUACGGUCUACAAACGAUGGUUCAGGACAAUCCUACCAACGGGCAGGUGGCUCGUAUUUUGGUUACAAAGACGCCGGAGACUAAGUUUCCGGCGGUCUGUUUGUCAGACAUUCAACCUAAACUGUCUGAAAAUGACAAACUCAAUCAAAGCAAGAUUGUCAUCAGAACACGACCCAAAUCCUCUUUCGGCGACUCCAAUGAUCCGGGGUUUAAGCGCAGUCCUGUAAGAACUGUGGAAGAACGGAAAGAGGAGUAUGACCGAGCACGGGCUCGGAUUUUCAGCAGCCCUAGCCAUUCUGAAUUGGAAGAUGGAUCAGUACAGAAUGAAGUUUCGAGGAACAUGGGUGUGGAUGCCAACAAAAUCCUUUGCAGAAGGGAAACUGUUAAUUCUUAUCGAGUCGCAAUCUUUAGAGACCACGAAAAGGAUCGCACUGAUCCUGAUUAUGAUCGCAGUUAUGACAGAUAUGUUAAGAGCACCCCGAGUUUCAACGUGGCGCCGUACAAUGCACAAAUGUUCCAGCCUCCGUUUAUGCAAUACAAUUCUCAAGCUUUCGGCGAAGCUUUUUAUAUGCAGUGGCCAACACAAUCGAUGAUGUAUGCACAAUCAUACGGGCAACUUAGGCAUAACCUUUUUCAGGCUCCCUUGUGUCGACAACCUCUAGGCUUCGACUACUCCCUAAACCAUCGAUGACAGGCAAUCGCCGAGAUUUUUACCAGAGAAGAAUGUAUUCUUUAGAAUCAUCUGCCUUUUGUUUGAGGUAAAUUUAAACUUGAUGUUCUUAUAAUUUUAGUUUGGUUUACACUUGUG